ACCCGAGUCGAUAUAUCUGAAAUCCAGACCCGCCUGAGUACCCGACGGUUAAUCCAGAAAACAGCCCAGAAAAGGGAAUCGUUCGUCGCCUUGGCUUUUCUGUCGGUACUUAAAAAGAGGGAGAAGGGGAAGGGGAAGGGGAAGGGAUCAUACAUAAAAAAAAAGGCGGGAGUCAUGGGAGAUGUCGACGAUGCGAUUCUAAAAUCGUUCCUCGCCGAGGUCGGUGAGGUUGAGAGGGACAACGAAGUCGUCAGGAUUCUCUCAUGCUUCAAGCUGAACCCCUUUGAGCAUCUUAACCUAUCUUUUGAUUCAUCCACGGAUGAUGUUAAAAGGCAGUACAGAAAGAUAUCUUUGAUGGUUCACCCUGACAAAUGCAAGCAUCCCCAAGCACAGGAGGCUUUUGGAGCGUUGGCAAAAGCGCAACAACUACUGCUGAACGACCAAGAAAGAGAUUAUAUUCUCACCCAAGUCCAGGCUGCCAAAGAAGAGCUUAAGAUGAAGAGAAAGAAACAGUUGAAGAAAAAUACCGCCUCUAAAAUAAAGUCCAUGGUUGAUGAGGGAAAGCAUGAGCAAAUAUAUGAGCAAUCUGAAGAGUUUCAGAAGGAGCUGAAGAGAUAUUAACAGACCAGAGUGCGAGAGAUAUUAACAGACCAAGAGUGGCGUAGGAGAAAAAUGGCCAUGAGGAUAUCAGAAGAAGAGGGAAGACUGAAGAAGGAUGAAGAAGAACAAAAGGAGAUACGGAAGAAAAAACGUGAGCAUGAAGAACAGUGGGAAGGAACGAGAGAAAACAGGGUAUCAAGCUGGAGAGACUUCAUGAAAGCAGGAAAGAAGGCCAAGAAGGGAGAGACACGUCCUCCAAAAUUGAAGACAGAGGAUCCGAACAAAUCAUACGUUCAGAGGCCGGUCAAGAAAGGCUGAAUGUCUUGGACUCUUUUUGCUGCUUUUGUCAUUGAUAGUUUGAUCUUCUCGAAUAUGGUGUCAGACUCGUUCUGCUUGUGACUGUUUACAUCACUAACUCAAUUAUCUUUUUAAUUUAUCCUCACUUCUCAAACGCG